UGUGGCUCAGCUCGACUCUCCACUCCUGUUGUUGCUGCUUUUUUCCAACGGUUUAUAAUCUUCCUCACCUCUCAUCUUCUCCUGGCAGAAGCUGGUGUCCACAUGGAGAAUAACCACACCUUCCUGUACUUUGCAUAUGGCAGCAACCUGCUGAAGGAGCGGCUCCAGCUCAAGAAUCCCUCUGCAACAGUAUAUUGUGUAGCCAGGCUCAAGGACUAUAAAUUGGUGUUUGGGAACCAUAAAGGCCUUGCCAGUGACCGGUGGCAUGGAGGUGUGGCCACCAUAGAGCACAGCCCAGGGGAUGAGGUGUGGGGUGUGGUGUGGAGGAUGAGCAUGUCUGAUCUGGAGUCUUUAGACAGUCAAGAGAAUGUGACGUUAGGUGCGUACAGUCCUGUGGAGCUAUCAGUGAAGACAAAAGGCCAGGAGCUCAACUGUCGUACCUACAUAAUGAACAGCUGUGUGUAUGCCCCACCAUCGCCACAGUACCUACAGGUGAUCGUGAUGGGAGCGGAGCAGAACGGCUUGCCAAAGGACUACCAGGAGAAGCUAAGAGCAAUCAAGACCAACAUGUAUGAGGGUCCUUUACCCAUGAUGGCUGAACUGGAGCGAGCCAGAAGGAGAGCCAAAGAGAGGGGCAACCACCGUUCUGAAACGUUCUAAUGCAACAGAAUCCGGGUCUACUUUUUACUACAAGGAGUCCUUGUAACACUGUAUUGAACCUAAUACUGUAGCUCAACAAGUUCACUUCAGCUAGCUGCUUAAAGCCUAACUUGGCUAACCUCAAUCCCAGCAGCCUGGUCUAUGAGUCUGAGUGACCACUGUCAGCCACUGAUAGAUUACAGCACUGAUAAGACUGUUGCCUGUACAGAUGAAAGUAAUUCUGACAUUUUGACAGUAUAGAGGUGUAAGAUCCACCAGAAAUGUUGAGUGAAUACAUAUCACCAUAGGGAAAUAAUAG